AUGGCUGCCUUUGCAACGUUAGAGUCUGCCUCCCGGAAUCUAUGGACUAGAUCCACGGUCUCGCGUACAGAUGGUGUAUUGCGUAGACGUUCGACUCGGUCGACUCUGGCGAGGCUGUCUUCCCUACCGCAUGGGUCUGGUGCAACGGAGCAUCGGCCGCCUCCGAAAUGGCUUGUCAAUCGGCGAAAAGUGAACAGGCAAACUUGGUCGUCGGCUUGGCAAGCGUUUUCGUCGGCUGCCCAACCCACUGAUUCAGACGAUGUCAAUUUAUCAAAAGACUCCGACUCUGCACUGAAGACGCCGAUAGAUUUUAGCAAGGAAGACGAGCACGUCGAAGAGCGCAAACGCAAGCGGCUUUCUGAGGUACGCAUUUCUGAGGUGCUUCAAGCAAAACACUCUUAUCGCUGGGUGGAUCCAGUUAUUCCCCGAACUGCAACAGUUCAAGAAGCGAUUGUCACUACGAUUGAAGGUGGUUUGUCGGGUGCCAUGGUCCUCGAAGACGAGCACCACAAUCGAGUCUGCGGUCUCAUUACCUCCCGCGAUUUACUCCGCAUCAUGGCUUCAGGAGUCAAGGAAGGAGACACCCCGGAAGAAAUCAUGAACCGGUUGGUGGGUGAUUAUAUGACGCCCAUUUCGCAAGUUGUUUAUGGUCGUCCCGACGAAACGGUUGGCAUGUGUCGAACAAUCAUGGCCAGACUGGGCAUUAAAUGCUUGCCAAUCUUAUCACGUGAGGGUCGGGUGGAAGGACUCGUGACGGCAAGAGACAUGUCCGAUUUUGGACUUUCGGCUAAAGAUCGGGGUGGCAAGAAAUCGUACCUAAAUGAUGUUUCUGAACGUGUCGGCUUGAGCAGUAACACCAGUAUGGCGGAACCACCAAUUUACCUGAAAGCACAGUUGGCAUUGGGACCCACACCUCUGUUUAUCAAUGUAGGCGUCGCCGAAUUGCCGCAUCCAUUUAAAACAGCAGAUGGUGGUCUCGUUCAAGGAAUGCGAGUCCACCCGAAUGAAUCCAGACCUAACAGGGUUUACUCCAACCCAGACCUUGGAUUUAACGAUCUAUCUACGGAUCCCACUUUGUCGGAAGACUCAUGUUUUGUCACUAACGUCAAACUGCCGGAUGGAAAGAAAAAGACAUUGCGUGACUUUACGUACAUGGGAGUUGCCGACGGUGUUGGAAGUUGGCGUGAGUACGGCGUAGAUCCGCGACUUUUUGCAAGAAGACUGAUGGAGGAAUGUGAAAAUAUCCUUCUUGAGGCACAGCGAAACGGUCAAAUGGACGGCAAUAACUUUCGACAAGUCACGGCCCCCUCCGAUAUUAUGGCACAAGCAUUCGAACGGGUGAAGGCGGAAAAUGUCAUUGGAUCAAGUACAGCCUGCAUAGGAGUCUUUGAUCAGAUUCGGCAUCAGCUCCACUUUAGCAACUUGGGCGAUUCUGGGAUCAUUGUUCUGCGCCACAUUGAUUCGGAUGUGGCGGGUUCGUUGAAGCGUGAUCGGGUGACACCGAGGACCGAAAGAACGUCUGAUAUAAGGGUAGCUUUUGUAAGUCAGCAGCAACUGAAAUCCUUCAACCAUCCAUUUCAAAUUGGCUGGACGGGCGAGGAACUGAAAGAAGGGGAAAGCUCAUCCUUUCGGAACGCAGGCGAAUCGUGUACAUCUUCCAUUCAUUUACGACGUGGCGAUGUUGUUAUUAUGGCGACGGAUGGUUUAUUCGACAACGUGGAGUUGGACGACAUUUGUACCAUGGUGCUGGAGUGGGAGCAGCAGAAUGGUUUUGUCCGUGCUGGCGAUACCCAGGCUCGCGAAAAGCGAUGGCAGAUGGGCAAUUCGUUGACUCUUUUGUCAGCUGGCCGAAUAAAUGAUUUGGCCCAGCGACUGGUUAAGAAAGCUCGUGAAAAUUCCUUGGACUCGUCCCUGGAUUCUCCUUUUGCCAUUCUGGCAAAGGAAAAUGACAUUAUGUGGUCAGGUGGAAUGCCAGACGAUUGCAUUGUGAUUGCAAUGCAUGUUGUAGGACGAGACGCGAACGAUACAAUGGACUCCACAAAGAUGUAA